CACUCUUCCUGUACUACAAGCGCAAACCGUCUAGUGAAUUUAUUCCUAUUCUAGCUCGACCAAACCCCUCUCGUUCGAAGGAGAGGAUUAGGCGCAUUAAGAAAUCCAAUUAGCGCCUACUACGCCGCAUGAAUCCUAAUGGCACUUAAAUUACGCGAGCUAUGAAGGGCAAUCACGAUUGAGAGGUGAUGGAUCCGUUUCCAACAGCACCCACAAAAUCCACAAAAACUUUUGCCCGCAUAAUCAACAUCCACGGCUGCACACCAAAAGUCCGCGUCUCCUUCUUCCUUCAUAACAAAUCCCAUCAUGACCGACAACCUUCGCGGAUGCCACUUUACCAACAGCGAUGUGGGCACGAGAAUUCGCGGAAUGGGCUGCCACGAGGCUUACCAGCUAGCCAUGCAUACACUCGACCAGUACCGAGGCACCGUCGUAGCCUGCCGCUACUGCCCACCACUUAGUCUUGCUAGUCCAGAAACCCUCACCACACUCAAGGUCAGGUUCUACGAUGCUAUCGCCCGUGUUGUCCUUUCUCAACCUCACCUGCAAGUCGGUAUCGCGGGCGAAAACUCAAAGGACCCUGCCUUUGUUCGCCUUGAUCGUCUCGACCUCCGCAAUCAUGUUGACUGGACAUCACUAGACACCUCUAGUCAUCUCGAGCCACUGUACAUCGAGUCAAUGCAGACUCAGCUCGAUUCUAGAUAUGAUAAUCUCUCAACUCAGCCUGGCUGGAGAGUUAUCAUAUUGCACAAGGUUGGGGUCGAGUCUAUGCUGGUGUUGUACGUUUGGAACCACCCACAUCACGAUGGAAUGAGCGGCAAAAUAUUUCAUCAGAAAUUGCUACGGAAUCUAAAUGAAACCUUCAUCCAGAACAAGGAGCCCAUAAUCAAGGUUCCCGAGGGCUCGGAUAGUUGGAUCCUCGAUCUCCCCGAUCCUUCUGACAAGUUACCUCCAAACCCUGAAAUUUUGUCUUCAUGGCCUAUGACACCAGCAUUUCUGCUUAAAGCUCUCUGGAAGGAAUUAAAACCAUCCUGGAUUUUCCCCCCAAGCAACACGCACGCAACCUGGGCUCCAAUUCAGGCCUCCCCUUUCACGACCCGGUUUCGUAACUUCACGCUCGACAAUGACACUGUCAUAAAGGUAGUAGGUGCUUGCCGCCUGCACCAUACCACCCUAACAGGCCUUGCUCAGGCCCUCGUUCUAGUCUCCCUUUCAUCCGCACUUGAGGACAUGAACGGCUUUGCAAGCAGAACUCCUUACGACCUGCGACAUAUCUUGCCGUCGAACACCCCGCAAUACCCUUGGUUACAACCGAAAGAGGCGAUGUGUAAUUACGUAUCGGUUGUGGAUCACGAAUUCGAUGCCGAGCUAGUUGCGACGAUCCGAUCCAAGAUGCCGGCUAAGGCCAUGGAUGCGAGCCUGUCUGCCGACGUCAUGGGCAUAAUCUGGUCUGUUUCGGCUCGAGUUCGAAGGGAGAUCCAAGAGAGACUAGACUCAGGUGUGCGAAACGACAUGAUAGGCAUCAUGAAGUUUGUCUCGGACUGGCGAGCCCAGCAGCAGAGCGAGGCACGCAAAACGAGGUACUUGUCUUGGCUCGUUACUAACCUCGGCGUCCUGGAUGGGGGAAUUGGUGCCACACAAGGACAAGACCAAGGCUGGUUGUUACGCCGAGCGGAGCUAGUUCUUAGCACAGAAGUCCCUUCAGCUGCUUUAUCAGUAUCAAUAAUGACAGUAAAGGGCGACGAGAUGUGUAUCACAUGUAGUUGGCAGGACUGCGUGGUUGACUCAGGCCUAGGCGAGCGCCUGAUGAGCGACCUGGAACGAUGGCUAAAUGCAAUUGGAUCCUAGCUGUCAUACAGCAGCUCUCAUCCUUGAACUUAUUAUUGGGCUUAUUUUAACCUAGACUUCCAGAGUCUCAC